AUCGCUGCUCACGCCCCGCAUGUCUGCAGAGCUGCAUCAGCACGCACAGCACAGCCUGAAGCCUGCGCACCUAGACCGCCAGCGAGCAAGCAGCAGGGAGCGCAGGGUGACCAUUUCCAUCUCCGUGGCGACGCCCACUUCCUCGUACCCGUCGCCACGGGAACAGAGGCCCCGAUCGCUGACCACGUUUGAAUCCCGCUCCUCCUCCUCCUCCUCCCCCAUCGAGUGCUGUCACUUCUCCCCCUGGAGCAGAAAGGCGGCUGCCCUCUCUGACCAUGACGAGGGGCUGGUCUCUCUGGGCCAGCGGCCUCGCUGCCCCGUCCCCAACACGCCCUCCACCCUGGACAAGCAGACCAACUGGCCCGGCGCCCUGCCCCUGCCCACCCCUGAGGAGAGGAUGAGGGGCCAGGGCAUCACCUCCUGCCUCAUCCCUAUCAACGUCACUGGGGUGGGCUUCGACAGAGAAGCCAGUGUGCGCGGUUCCCUGGUUCCCUCUCAGUCGCUGCUCCAGCGCCGCAGGAAGCUGAGGAGGAGGAGAACCAUCGCUGGGAUCCCCCGACAACUGCAGCAAGACCUCGACUCUGAUGAGUCUCCGGGGUCAAGGGAGCGCACGGUGAUCGUCCACGCCGACCCGGCGCUCUGCGACGAGGACCUGAGCUGCCGCCACAGCACCAAGGACUCUGGCUGCCAGACGGACGACCUCCCAGGCUCCUCCGCUCCGUCGCGCCGCCGCCUGCGAGCCCAGCGCGGACAGGCCGCCUCCGUCCCGCUCUCACGCUCCACCGGGAACAUCUCAUCGCUCCCAGACGGCGCUGACGCCAUGUUUUCAUCCUCGGUCGGUGCCCGGCUGCGCUCCCGGAGCCUUCCCCGCGAGGGCGGGUGUCCGGUGGACGAGGGGCGCGAUGACAGCGACGAGGACGACGAGGAAGAGGAGCUGUCGCCCUUCGAGGCCGAGGACUUCCUGUCCGGCCCCAGGGACUUCCUGUCCGGCCCCGGGGAGCUGAAGGAGGAGGAGGAGGGGAGCACUGAUGACCAGGCCUUGUCAGGCCUCCAGUUAGGCUGCCUCAAGUACCAGCCGUGCCCCGGCAGUCCCGAGUCUGCCUGGCUGGACAGGAGCCGGUCACGCCUCCCUGGGACGGUGGACAUGGGCAGCUGUGAGAUCUCGUCGAGUUCGGACACCUUCAGCAGCCCGGUCCACUCCUCCUCCACCACGGGGGUGCUGGGGGGGGCGAUGGUGGACCACAAGGACGACCACCAGUCAUCCAGCGGGAACUGGAGUGGCAGUAGCUCCACGUGCCCCUCCCAGACCUCGGAGACCCUCCCCCCGGCCGCCUCGCCCCCCCUGACGGGGUCGUCCCACUGCGACUCGGAGCUGUCGCUCAACGCCGCCACGCACCCCGGCGACGACCCCGGCGCCUUCCUCAUGGACGGCUACCACGGCGACCGGCUGGGCGGCCCGCGGACCCAGAGAACCGGCUCCUUCUCGUCCACCGCCAUGGACCUGCUGGAGGACGCCGGCGUCGGCACCGCCAGCGAGGGCGAGUGGGGCUACCCCCCUCACCCCGACCCCCGCUGCCCCCAGGACUUCAGCCCGGAUCAGGGCCUGGAGGCGGAGGGAAGCCUGGGAUGCCCCAGCUUCACCAGCAUGGCCACCUACGAGAGCUUCUCGGACAAGCCUCCGUCCGAGAAGGACAGCGCCUCCCACUACUCCGUGGACACUGAGGGGUACUACACCUCCAUGCACUUUGACUGCGGGCUCAAGGGGAGCAAGAGCUUCACCUACAACUAUGCAGCUGCCGGGCGGUCCGACAGCCAGACGGACCUCAGCGGUCACCUGACCCUGGGGAGACGCUGCCUCUCUCUGAGGAAGACGAAAGCGAAACCCUCUCCUCCUCGACGCAGCUCCUCUCUGCGGAAGAUCUCCAGCGAGGUAAAGCCCUCGGAAGAAGACCGACCAAAGAUAACCAGCGUUCAGCAGCUUCUGUGGUCUUCCAUGGAGAGGAAGCUCCAGCCGGGCAUGGCCAGCCCCUCAACCCAGAGAGAGGGCCCUCCGCUGGGCUUGGAGCCCCUGGAGGCCUGGGGGGUGGCGGGCCGCCAUGAGAUACAAGACUCAGGCUUGUUUGGCUCCACGGACACGCAUUCCUUCAAGGACCAGGGCGCCGUGCAGUCCGACUACGCCGAUCUCUGGCUCCUCAACGACCUGAGGUCCAACAGCGACCCCUACAGGUCGUUGUCCAACUCCAGCACGGCGACGGGCACCACCGUCAUCGAGUGCGUCAAGUCCCAGGAGAGCUCUGAGUCCCUGGCCUCCCAGCCCGGCUCCAGGCCCACCACGCCCUCCCUGCCCUCUGCCGACGGAGACUUCAAGCUGGCCUCCCCUGACAAACUUGCCGGCCUGGCCUCUCCUUCCAGUGGAUACUCCAGCCAGUCGGAGACCCCCACUUCCUCCUUCCCCUCCGCUUUCUUCCCCGGCCCUCUGUCGCCCUCUUGUGGUAAACGGAAACCCAAAGUCCCGGAGAGGAAAUCCUCCCUGUCCUCCCUUCAGCCCACCCUCACCUUCUCCUCCAAGAGGCAGCUGGAGCUGCCAGUCAUCCCUCCCACCCACCUGGACCUAAGUUCCCUUCACAACGUUGUCUGCAAGCCCUCAGCCCACCGGAACCAGGUACAUGCACUGCAGCAAAGCAAGCAGAAGGCCGCAACCGCAGCCUGGGUCACGCCUAAGGCUGAAGGCCAGGCCAAGGGAGCCGCCAAGGGGCCGGAUUCCAUCGCCAUGGCCAUCACCCCCAUGGUGCUUCGCUCGGUCCAACUCAGGGCUGUCGGUGGGAAACAGGGAGAGGCCAGCCCUGAUGUUGCUGCCAAGCCCAAGUGUCCCACUGUAAACAUCAUUGCACCCCCAUCCAGCAGCAAGCCCCCAGCCUACAGCACCCACCUCCCCCCUUCUCAGGACCACUAUCCCCCCCCGGCCGGAGCCCCUGAAGGCCCCCUCUCUGGGGACCCAGCCUGCCAUGAGGAGGUCACCCCCAGCCAGGACAAACAGUCCUCAUUCCCCAUCUGGGGCGUGUCGCCGUCCCUCCCAGACUCUGACCUCACCAGGGCCGAUGUCCCAGAAUGCACCAGUGGAGGGGAGGGAGAGGAGAGGAAGACCAGAGCCACCUCCAAGGAGCUUCUGUCCGUCAGCAGCAGCUGUGAGUCGGAUCUGAACCAGCCUCCUGGUUCUGACCCGGCUGAAGAACCCCCGGCCAAGCCAGCGGCCUCCUCGGCCCCUCAGCCCAGCCCAGCCCACAGACCCAGCGUCCUCCACCAAGUGCCUGAUCUGAGAAGUCUGUCUGAAGCGUCGCAAGCUUAUCCAAUCAGCGAUGGCGGAAGCAGGGACGAGGGGAGUGGCCCAUCGGGUGAUCAGGUGACCAGAAGUGCCUUACAGGAGAUCAGGGAGGGCAGCCCCAGCCCUGACACCGAGGAGGACUUCCGCAAAGAGUCUCCCCCCAGCGACAGGACAGGUCCCCCCCAGGACGAGGAGGACAGCGUGUUCCUAUCCCCCAACAAGACACGCACCACCGAGGAUCUGUUCGCCAUGAUACACAGAUCCAAAAGGAAAGUGUUGGGGAGGAAGGACUCUGGAGAGCUGGGCACUCGAGGUCGUCUGGGCGCGGCCUCAUGUGGCCCCCCACCCAGCCACCCCGCCUUGUCCCCCAGCACCCCGCCGCCCCCCCUGCCCCCCGCCUCCCCGGCCACCCCUACUGGCCCCCAGAAACCCCCGGGGCCGAUUUAUCGGAGCGCCCGGAAGUCGAGCACCUCCAACGAGGAGUUCAAACUGCUGCUGUUGAAGAAGGGCAGCCGCUCGGACUCCAGCUACCGCAUGUCCGCCACGGAGAUCCUCAAGAGCCCCAUCGCCCCCAAACCCCCUGGAGACGUCCCCCUGGAGGGGGGCCAGUGCCUGGCCGAGGAGCCCGCCUCUCCCCUCUCCCCGCUCUCCCCCCGGGGUCCUGAUCCCCUCCACAGCCCCCCCAGAACCGGCGCUGAGGGCUUCUCCCCCAAAGCUCUGCCGCCCUCCGUGGGCUCCAGGCAGGGGCGAUCCCGGAUCCCUCCCCCAGCAAACAGCAGCCGUUUUGGGAAUCGCAGCCGGCACUUCACGGCCCCCAUGCAGGCGAUCUCGGAGGGGGAGACGGAGAACUCGGACGGGAGUCCCCAUGACGACAGGUCCUCUCAGGGCUCCGCCUAGCGUGACGUAGCACUUCCAUUUCCACUUCCAAUCAGCAAGGGGCAGGGUUUCGUAGAUUAGGGGUUAUCGGAGAGUUCCGGAAUGGUCUUUUUUCAACAGUGACCUUUUGAACUGUGGUGAACCGUUUUUUCCGGAAGGCGUUGUGUUGUUAGGCGAGAGGGGAAAAUUGAUUUUUAAAGUAAAAAAAACAUUUUAGAGUUUUUUUUGAAAGCCUGACAAAAGAUGCGAAUAAUGACACUAAAGACAAUGCAAAAAGGAAAAAAAUGUACUUGACGUAUUUUACCAGUGACAAAAACCUCCAUAUCAAUUCAUUAAGAAAAACAUAUUGUUGUCCUUAUUUUAAGCCACAAAGUCACACGUGGCUUACUUUGCUGACGAACACAUGAAAGCUGUAUUCACUAACAUGGGAGAACUCAAACAAACAGGGAAUCAUCCCCUUCUGCUCCACAGGACAGACUGUAACAACACAGAAAAGGAGGUAGAAGCUUCAUCCGAGUUCCAUUCACAGGCAGGAGAUCUGACAUGUAUCACAUACAUAAACACUGUACUGCUGUGUGCUGGGGACACUUAGUGAGGGCAGUUAGGGUUGGGGAAGGGAGGGGAGGAGCACCUGUCUUCACAUCCACGAGGAGAAGAUUAGAAUAUCACACAUGACUGUAUGUUUACACAUCUACAAGCAAACACGCUUAGGACAAUCUUACUGUAGCCUUUUCUCAUGCAGGCAUCUCCAGUUGAUCCAUAGGUAUCUAUGAGACGUCUCUAUGUAUGACGUAUCUAUGAUUGAUCUUUAAAGUCUCUCUAAUAUGUCUGAUUGAUCGGUAGGUAUGUAAUUGAUCUGUAGAGAUAUCUAAUUGAUCUGUAGAUAUCUCUAUUUGAUCUGAAAGUCUCUCUGAGAUCUUUGACUGGCCUCAUUCUCUUCUCCAGGAACCCUCAACACAAUCAGAUGGGUCCUCAGUACGACAGCUAACAAUUCCUUACAAUUAACCACAACAUCCUUUGCACUUGAUUCCUAACUCCUCGAGAAAUACCCCUUUUACUACUAUCACUUUUAUGAAAUUCUAUGGGAAAUGCCACCUGUACAGAUACCUGUAAAAAUAAGAAAUAUAUUUACACAUAAAUAUAGUUUACCCCUAGUUUUAGUGGUUGUUUGAAUAUGUAACUAUAAUCAGUCUGUGGCUCUUGUAAGCCUCUGGUUUUACCUCUACAGCUAGAGAGAGAGAGAGACAUGCCAUAAAAACUCGAAGAAAUCUGCCUUUAUCAACCAGAUGUUCUCUUAUGAACAACUUUUUCCAUAGAUAAGAUGAUAAAGACUAGCAUGGUAAAAAAUAAUAAUAAUAAUAUUAAAAGGAAUAAUAACUGAUAAUAAAUACUCCAGGGGCCAAUAUUAUUACAUCCCUGUUUUUAAAUACUGUUACUAUCACAAUGUAUUCUGUGAAUACCUAUGCGAUUAGAUCAAACAAACCACUCAAAGUGUGUGUGCUUAUAGGUGAAUGAAUUGGACACGGUUACCAAAUAUUGAUAUCUAUCAAACUGGGGUUUUCUCCCACAGGGAGAGUAGGAGGAACAUAUGAAGCUUGCUGAUGUUCGUAUCCUUUCCUGGAGAGCAGAAAAGUAUGACACGUUCAUAUCCUGCUCCUGUGCAUCCUUCCUAAACAGCAUGCAAUAAAAAAAAAACGUAGAAAAACAUUAUGGAAUUAAGAAUUAUUGUGGAAUUUGGAAUUCAUGUUAUGAUCUGAGUCGAAUCGUGUGUAUGUAAGAUAUGAUACAGGCAUGAAAUAGAGCCUUUUUUAUAUAAGGACUGGAAAUAUCACAGUAAAUAACUAACAUGACAAUCCGGUGUGGGAAGUUAGGGAUGGUAAGAGGAAGCGAGGAAACAAAAUGGGCGUCUGGGUUGUGGUCAAGAAGUGUGGACGGAGGUUAGAGGAGAGG